AUGCAUGUCACAAUGGGUGAAAUACAGAUUUGGUCAAAUUCAGAUGGCAGGAUUGGCACUGUCUAUUAUCGUAUUUCAGGUGCUCUGAAACCGUGUACGAAGCAAACUUUAGUGGCAGUCAUCACCGAUGUAACUCAGCUUAUUAACUCAGAUGGCUCCAGAUGUAUCGAAUUUCAAGAAACAGAUGGGAGACCAAACAAAAAUAUGCAGGCUUACAUUGAUUUCCAGCAAGCUUUCGACAGUUGUGAGUAUCAAAGAAAUACACCUGGAAUGCCGUUUGAUCCACUUUCAAGUACAGCCAAAGUAUCAAUAAAAAUAAAAGAUAAGUGUGUAUCUCGCUCUGCCUUGGUGUACAACUUAGCAAGAAUCCUGGGAUUACCAGAUGAACACACUCGAGACGACAGAGACAACUAUAUCAACAUACACUGGAAUAAUAUUGAAACGGAGGCAAUCAAUAGAAAAAUUUACAAUGAAUCAUCAUCAAAAAUUGGAGACAUGCCUUAUGAUUUUACCUCUGUUACUCACGUUGGUCCAUUCGAACACGCUCUGGAUACACGAAAACCAACAUUAUCAUCAAAAUAUGAGGGAGUGCAUUUUGGUGAUCAUUUGAACCUCAGUGUUAUUGACGUCAUAAAAAUAAGGCAGAUGUACAACUGCCCAACAGAUAUAAAUCUUCAGUCAUCGAUGGCUUAUCGCCCUAUACACUGUACAUUUGAUCUCCCCCUUUGUGGUCUUGUGAACGACUGGACAUCACCUGGAAUUCAAUGGACAAAGAAAAAAGGACCAGUAUCGGAGGAAGGACCACAAACUGACCACACGAAUGGAGAUGGGUGGUACAUGUUUGCCAAUGAAACAGAAUCCUUCAACACGGCACGCUUGGUCAGCAUCACCGAGGUUUCCCCCGGGGACGUAUGUGUAUCCCUGUAUUACUAUUUGGAAAAUAACUCUACCACAGUCAAGAUAUUCCAGAAAGAAUCAGUUAGGAACACAGUCAAACAGAUUAGAGAAAUAAACCGUAACAAAGAAAUAUCCUGGUCGGUAUUCAGGUUUAGUGUUACCUCACCCAAUACAUGGCGACUUUUGAUAGAAGCUGAUGUGACAAAUGGCGCAGUAGCAGUUGAUGAUGUUAUGGUGCAGUAUGGAAGAUGUCCAUCUUUAAAUGAAUGCAAUAAUCACUGAACUGUUCCUACAAUGUAGCAAUUGAAAACAUUUUUAAAAAAUUCAUUUCAAAACAAACGAAACACGCUUUUAUACAUAUCUUACGAUAUGCCA